AUGAUGUCAUUACGGGCUGGCAGUAGGCUGCUUCCCCAGCGCCUGGCCCGCGGCGGUCGUGUAGGCCACCGGUCCUUUGCCAUGACGACUCGCAUGGGCCAGGAUUCAACCGCGGCCCCCGUGCAGACCGACCUGACCCCUCAGUCGACCACCGAGGCCGGCGCCCCCACAACGACGGAGCUCCAGCAGGCGCCUAACCGGAGCGGGGUGUGGACGCGGAACCAGCAGCCUCGUGAGAAGGCGAUGACGGGCCCGCGUUUCGAGCAGACGGACUUUUCGUUGCAGCCGCAGCCAUACUCAGCCAUGGAGUUGGUUCACCAGGAACCGGUGCGUUGGACGCACGACCGUAUUGUGGCGUGCGACGGUGGCGGUGGUGCGGCCGGUCACCCGCGGGUUUUCAUCAACACGGACAAGCCGCAAAUCAGCGUCUGCGGCUACUGCGGUCUUCCUUUUGCCAACGAGCACCACCGGAAACACCUCGAGUCGCUUCCUCAGACAUCGUACCCCCUAUAA